GUGAUAAAAUGUUAGAGAGGUAUUUUAACUUUAGAAACAACACCGGACUGACCAAGCAUGCAUUUCUUUCUUUUACGUGACAAAUUUGAUCUAAUAUCAUGGACACUUCUUAUUUGGUUUUUUAAUUUAGGACUUUCUAACAGUGUGGACUUAAACGACAAGUCACAAGGAGAGCCAGACUUGGAUGAAUGGAAAAAAGAUUUACAUUUGAACGACAAACUUAUAAGCCAACUAUAUGAGAAAGUUAAUGACUUUUUAAUACGUAAAGACUUAGAAAAAGAUACCAAACAGAGGGAUGACACGUUCGAAGUAAAUAUUCCUCACACAAACUUUCCCGUUAGUCCUGAUGCUGAUCUUCCUGACAUUUCCGGCGAAGACACGAUUGAGCCAAUGACCGACGACCCCGGCAAUGCGAAGCAUAAACGAUCACCAUGUAUUGGAUUCAGAGACAGUCUAAGUUGUUUCAGAUCUUAUUUAGCGCUAUGGAUGUUACAAAGACAAGGCCUUAAAGAUCCAAUUACACUCAGGAAUAUCGGAAAACGUGCGUACUCUUUUAGAAAUGUAGGAAAAAGAGGUGGUGUUUACAGUUUCAGAAAUAUUGGUAAGCGCGGUAGCUCAUUCUCUCGGAAUAUUGACAAAAGAUAUGCUUUCAAUCCCCUUUCUGAUGACAACGAUGAAUAUGAUGUUACCAAACGUGACUUCCGGUUUCCGCGAUCAUAUUUCCGCAAUGUAGGGAAAAGAAAAGUUCAAUUUGAAGGAAACAAAAGAAUGGCUUUCAGAAACAUCGGUAAAAGAUUUUCAUUCCGAAAUGUUGGGAAGAGAGAUGAUUUAUUUGACCGAAUUAAUAGAAUGGCUUUCAGGAAUAUUGGAAAAAAGGAUUCAUAUUUUGGUCGGGACGAUCGAAUGGCAUUUCGCAAUAUUGGAAAGAAAGAUUCAUCAUUUGGGAGGGAUGAGCGCAUGUCUUUCCGUAAUAUCGGGAAAAAAGAUUCAAUUUUUGAGCGAGACGAAAGAAUGGCCUUCAGAAAUAUUGGGAAAAGAGACCCGUUAUUCGAACGAAAUAAUAGAAUGAGCUUUCGUAAUAUAGGCAAACGAGAUUCUUUAUUUGCAAGAGAUGAUAGAUUGGCUUUUAGAAAUAUUGGUAAAAAGAGAAGUAGUUUGGAGUUAAGUGAAAAUGACGAAAAGAGGUCAAGAUUUGCUGGAUCAUCCUUUCGCAGCAUUGGAAAAAGAAACAGUGACAUCGUAAAGGAUAUGUCCGAUGUGUUAUGAAACACCCUGAACUAUUGUUUGCUCAAACUCACAAAUAAAAAAUAUAUAAGACAUAUAUGAAAAAUUAUAGCACACAAAUCAUUGAAUGUUUUGCCAAUGAUACGUUUUAUGUUUUGAAUGAUAAAGUACCCGAUGAUAUUUGACCCAUAUAUGUUACAGUAUACUGCUGCCUCGGUUUGUCAUGUUAGAAGGGGAUAUUUCUUGUUUUGUUAUAUGACUAUUAUAUCCAAUUUCAUACA